GGUCCUUCCGUCUAGGUGACAUUCAUCUGAAGCGCCAGUAGCCGUAGUAGCAAGAGACGAGCUGCUAAUUGCUACACAGUGAAACCAUGGCACAGGCGGUACAGAAACUGGUCUCUAAAGUGCCAUCUUUGGUUGGCGCCGCAGUGAGCUAUUCGAAGCCCCGGCUAUCGACCUUCUGGUACUAUGCCCGUGUGGAGCUGGUGCCACCUUCCCCAGCUGAGGUGUCCAAGGCAGUGGCUGGAGUGUCCGACCUCGUCAAGGCCUUCCAGGCUGGUCGUCUGGGUCAAACCACAGUCAGGGACGCUCUGAGGAACGGUUUGGUCGUUACAGAAGUUCUGAUGUGGUUCUACAUUGGCGAGAUCAUUGGAAAAGGAGGCAUUGUAGGAUAUGAUGUGUAAAUGUGGACAGUCCUUGUUGCUUGUUUCCUCUUUGUCUAAGCCUUUUAUUUCCAGGAACUAAUAAAUAUGUAUUGUUGGAAAAAAUA